AGAAAAAGUGGGCUGAACCAGCGCAUCUCCGGUCUGUGGUCAGUGGAGUCAGAGUUUUUUUAAAGGGUGGCGGUGUUUUAUUGAGCGGAACUUUGUUCAAAAACGGAAGACAGACUCGAUAAAACAUGUCCAAGCCUCUGACAGACCAGGAGAAAAAGAAGCAGAUAUCUGUACGAGGGCUGGCCGGGGUGGAAAAUGUCGCAGACCUGAAAACUAAUUUCAACAGGCACCUUCACUUCACUUUGGUGAAGGACCGCAAUGUGGCCACCAAGAGAGACUACUAUUUUGCCCUGGCCAACACCGUGAGGGAUCACCUGGUGGGCCGUUGGAUCCGGACACAGCAGCACUACUAUGAAAAGGACCCUAAGCGGGUCUACUACCUCUCCCUGGAGUUUUACAUGGGCCGCACUCUGCAGAACACCAUGGUCAAUUUGGCCUUGGAGAAUGCCUGUGAUGAAGCCACAUACCAGGUGAGGCAAAGGAUCAUGGGAAAAAGGCCUAGCAAAGAUAGACCUCUCCCAGGAGGUUUACGGAGGAAAGAAAACACACGAUUGUGUAACAUCUUGUGUAACAACUUGUUAAUCAGGAUAAUUCAUAUCGACGUGACAUUGAGUAACUUCCCACAGGUGGAGGUAGCGGAUGACUGGCUGCGUUACGGUAACCCCUGGGAAAAGGCUCGCCCCGAGUACAUGCGUCCUGUGCACUUCUACGGUCGGGUGGAACACACAGCUGAAGGAGUGAAGUGGGUGGACACACAGGUUGUCCUGGCCCUUCCCUACGACACUCCAGUCCCUGGCUACAGAAACAACAUUGUCAACACUAUGAGACUGUGGUCGGCCAAAGCUCCCUGUGACUUUAACCUUAAAGACUUUAAUGUCGGUGGUUACAUCCAGGCCGUGCUUGAUCGAAAUCUGGCUGAGAACAUCUCCAGGGUUCUCUACCCCAAUGACAACUUCUUUGAGGGGAAGGAGCUGCGUCUCAAACAGGAGUACUUUGUCGUCGCCGCCACCCUUCAGGACAUCAUCCGUCGAUUCAAAGCCUCCAAGUUCGGCUCUACGGAGUUUGUGCGCCUGGACCUCUCUACACUGCCAGACAAAGUAGCCAUCCAGCUGAAUGACACUCACCCGGCUCUAGCUAUUCCGGAACUGGUAAGGAUCCUUGUGGACAUGGAGAACCUCACCUGGGAGAAGGCCUGGGACAUUGUCACUCGUACCUGUGCCUACACCAACCACACCGUCCUGCCUGAAGCUCUGGAGCGCUGGCCUGUUGACCUCUUCCAGAAUCUCCUGCCUCGCCACCUAGAGAUCAUCUACGAGAUCAACAGGAGGCACUUGGAGCGUAUUGGUAAGCUCUACCCCGGUGACUUUGACCGCCUUCGGCGUAUGUCCUUGAUCGAAGAAGGUGACGUCAAGAAGAUCAACAUGGCUCACCUGUGCAUUGUGGGAGCUCACGCCGUCAACGGAGUGGCUCGCAUUCACUCGGAGAUCAUCAAAAACACAGUGUUUAAAGAUUUUUAUGACCUCGACCCUCAGAAGUUUCAGAACAAGACCAACGGCAUCACACCCAGACGCUGGCUCGUCAUGUGCAAUCCAGGCCUGGCUGAGGUCAUCGCUGAGAGAAUUGGUGAGGAUUACAUACGUGAUCUGGAUCAGCUGAAGAAGCUUUUGGACUUUGUGGACGACGACGCCUUCAUUCGCGACGUCGCCAAAAUCAAGCAGGAGAACAAAAUGAAAUUUGCCGCCCACCUGGAGGAGCAGUACAAGGUGCAGAUCAACCCCAACUCCAUGUUCGACGUCCAGGUGAAGAGGAUUCACGAGUAUAAACGACAGCUGCUCAACUGCCUCCACAUCAUCACGCUGUACAACCGCAUCAAGAAGGAGCCAAACAAGCAAUGGACCCCCAGGACCAUUAUGAUUGGAGGAAAGGCUGCUCCAGGUUACCACACGGCCAAGAUGAUCAUCAAGUUGAUCACAUCAAUCGGUGACAUCGUCAACAAUGACACAGUGGUGGGAGACCGCCUGAAGGUCAUCUUCCUGGAAAACUAUCGUGUCACUCUGGCAGAGAAAGUCAUCCCUGCUGCUGACCUGUCAGAGCAGAUCUCUACAGCUGGAACUGAGGCCUCAGGGACUGGAAACAUGAAGUUCAUGCUGAACGGUGCCCUCACUAUUGGAACCAUGGAUGGGGCCAAUGUGGAGAUGGCUGAGGAGGCCGGGGAGGAGAACCUCUUUAUCUUCGGCAUGAGGGUGAACGAUGUUGAAGCCAUGGAUAAGAAAGGCUAUGAUGCCAAGUCAUACUACAACAGCCUCCCAGAGCUGAAACAGGCAAUGGACCAGAUUUCAGGAGGUUUCUUCAGCCCUGGCCAGCCUGACCUCUUUAAAGACCUGGUCAAUAUGCUGAUGAAUCAUGACAGAUUCAAGGUAUUUGCCGACUAUGAAGACUACAUCAGAUGUCAGGAGAACGUCAGUGCACUGUACAAGGAUCCUAAAGAGUGGACCAAGAUGGUCAUCCACAACAUCGCCGGCUGCGGCAAGUUCUCCAGCGACCGCACUAUUUCUGAAUACGCCCGAGAGAUUUGGGGCAUGGAGCCCAGUCUGGAGAAGAUCGCAGCUCCUGACGACCCUCGCUAAACCACAACUACUACUCCUCCUACUCCUCUUUCUCCUCCCUGUCAUCACUGUAGCUCCUCACUGUGGUCCAACGAGCCGAUGAAGCCUGUAGCUUGUACACUGUGUUGUGUGGCAUUACUGCUUACCUUACAUUAGUUCUCCUUUUCGCCUCAGUGCACCAGUGGAUCAGAUCCUCACCAACCUGUCAACAAAGCAUUAAACAUGUUUUUCAGUAUGUUUAUUGAUUAAAGGAUUAAAUAUUUGUUUUAACAUGUUAACCUUUAUAACAUCAUAUAAUAUUUCACAUUAUUAUUUUGACAUGCUAACAACCUAAAAAACCACUCUUCUGUCAGAAUAUGCCCCCUAGUGGAGAGAUUAUGAAUACCUGUCUGUCAGACCAAACCAGACUAAUUAAGCACUCCUACCAUUUUUAUUGGUUUGCAGUACAUCAGGUCACACGGUCAGUAUGAGAUGUCACGUUGACAUCAUCACUAAUACCAACUUUCAUUUCAAUGCGUUUCGGUUUCCGAGCUGCGCACACGUCUUCCAGGGCAGUGAGUGAUAAUCGUUGACCAUGGCCUUAAAGCAGAAGAACAUCCAAACCACUGCGAGUGUCUCAGCUGUUGUGUUGGUGUCUAAUGUUUGCUGAAUGUAUCCAUACGUGUGUGUAAACCUCCUCAGCAUGUCUGCCUAUCUCUGCUGUAUUUCAGUGUUAGAAGCCUCGGAGCCGUAACAAACCUCCUUUAAUGGAAACGCGCGUGUGUGUGUGUGUGUUCUGUGACGUAGCUGUGUGUUUUCCCAUAUAAGUCUAUAGCACUGUGUAACUUUAGCUUUAUCGAUGUACUGUAACGGCCUGCUGUCCCGUCCCAUCUGUGGUGCUGCAGAGACAGCUUGUCAUUGUACCCGACAUCAAAACUCUCACUCACUGCUUGUUAUUUUUGUUCUUUUUAGUCAAUAAAUGAGAAAUCUAAUUUACUA